CACACUUGAAAUUAAAACCCAGCCACACAGCUGCCACUUCCUUUCAGCUACAGGGGCUACCCCCAACUUCAGCUGCAAACACAAAACUGGGAAUAAUAGCAUUAUAAAGAAUAGGCAUGUAGGGGUCUUGAUGUAUAGCAAGUUGAAAUAACUCCUUUUACUACGUCGCUUUCCUAAGACAAGGCAGAGUUCUCUGUCAGCACAGUAUUUGCAAUACAAAACAGCUUCAGCUUUAAUGUAGUUGAUUUUAAAAUAAAUAAAUAAAUAAAUAAAUAAAUAAAAAGCAUACUGGUCUGGACCGGUUUUCCGUGCAUACCGCUACAGGAUACCACUGCCGCUGCAAGUUACACGUUGGUAUCACAGUUGCCAUAACUCUACUGAAAGAUGUAUUGAACGGACAACCACUGCAGUGGUCGGAGUCCACAUUUUAUCACUGAUUUCGUCUCAGAUUGUAACCGUUAUACAGAUAUUUGACGCUUGAACUCUCCGGGACACGGGGAACUCGCCAGAUUCAGGACCAUGGACAGCACUCGCGUGUUCUGUUUUUUCCAUAUUUUGGCUCGUAUUUUGGCAGAGCAAGAAGUGGAGAAUCUAUCAGGUUUAUCAACCAGCCCUGACAAAGAUAUAUUUGUGGUUCGAGAGAAUGGGACGACGUGUCUAAUGGCAGAGUUUGCGGUCAGAAUAGUUGUACCUUUUGAUGUCUUAGCCCUGAAUGGUAUAGAUCUCAUCACAGAACAAGCCCAGUUGACACUUCCGCGUGGGGCUGAAGUGCAAGGUAAAUGUGGUUCUACAAAGGCAGAGCUACAGAUGUCCUGGAAUAAAGAUGCUUAUAUAUUUGGUCUCUUCUUUAUCAAGGAGGUCCACAACUUAACUAAGGGUGAAGAUGUUGUCUGGAAGAUCAAUAAAAUCCAAUUCGUUUAUAACACUAACGAACCUUCGCAUUUCGGUAACGCCUUUAAUCCUGAAAAACACACUGCUAGUUCACACCAUCUGUCAGCCCUUGUGACCCCAGCUGGCAGAUCCUAUGAGUGCCAGGCUCAGCAGACAAUUUCCUUGAUUUCCAGUGACCACCAGAAAGGUGUGACCGUCUCAAUGUCCGAGGUGAAGAUCCAGCCCUUUGACAUCAAGAGCGACUUUAUGUUCAGUGAAGCCUAUAAGUGUAUAACGGACCAGAGGGAACAGCUAGAAGAAAUGCUGCCAUUAAUUCUGGGCAUCAUCCUGGCACUCAUCAUUGUAAUUACUCUUGGUGUGUAUCACAUCCAUGAGAAGAUGACUGCAAAUCAACCACAGCUUCCAAGAGACAGAAGUCAGUAUAAGAACAUGUGAUCACUUUUAUCACCGCUCAUCUGUUACAGUUGCUAAAAGAUGAUAUUUAUCUUCAUAAAUACAUUAGAUUUAUUAAAGUAAGUUUUUUACAGGUUUGUCAUGAGGAUGUUGCUGUUAGUUUUUCUUUUAUUCUUUUCAUUUUCAUAUUUUUGAAAACUAUUAGUAAUUAUUAAUAGGAGAUGCUGGCUAGCAAUUGUUUAAUGCAUAUUCGAUUAAUAGGUAGUAACAAACUGUAAAAUAAGCCAUUAUAAAUGCAAAAGCACAUUUUCUAAUGCUGUAUUUUAAAAGGAAGGCACAGAAAGUACAGGAGUACAGUUCUACUGUAUGAUUUUGUCCUGUCUUAAUUGUAUAUCUUUCCUAUGACUAUGACUUACUGUACAUCAUCAAUCAAUACAUUUGAAUGUAUAAAAUGUAAGAUGUGUAAAUAAGACUUAAAUCAAGCUGUAACAGAAAUAAAUGAUUUACGGUACACUGUAUGCUUAUGGCUGGGGUAGUGUAAAAUGUGUAUUCAUAGCAGUACAGGUUUGAUCAUUUACUUCAUUACAAAAUACAGUAUUCAUGUCAUGAUUUGCAUAUUGUGCUUAAUUUAAUUAGAUAGCAUUGAAAUGAAAUGUGUAAACUUAUAUUUAAAGAAAUAAAUGAUGUAACCAUAUGAUGUGUACCGUAUAUGUUAUGCUAAUUAACACUUGUUCCUGUCUUUUCCGUGAAAUGGUUUAGUAGGAGUGACCAUUUAUUAAUAUCAAAUCUGAAAGAAUACAACAAUUUGCUUAAGGGUUCCCUUAUAUUUUGUGUGGAAUCUAUUUCCAUUUUAUGUACGGUUUGAACUUUAGUUCCAGAGCAAGGACUCCCCCCUCCCCCCCUCACAUUACAUCACCUUUCAGUAAAUCGUAAAACAAAUAUAGAUUGACCUGUCAUUUACCCCUCUUUCAUUCAAUUGAUUCACAUCCCUCGCUUGCCUCCACCUCCCCUAAUUGCCAUCUUUUUUUAAUUACUGUGAUUCACCUCCAGGGUUCUAUUGCCUUGUUGAAAUGGUCAGACGAGGGACCCUCAAGUCUAGUGGAUUUGAGGUCAAAUGUUUAAUCUUAUACUAUACUCCAUAGAAUAAAUACAAUUCAUUACUAA